AUGCUCGCCACGGCAUUCUCAGGGCUGAUCGCCGCGGGAAUUACCUCUAGUAUGGAAGGCAAGGCAGGCAGACCUUCAUGGGAAUGGCUUUUUAUCAUUGAAGGCGCCAUGACUGUAGUCAUUGCUCUUCUCCUCCUGCCGUUGCUCACAGACUACCCACUACAAAGCAAGCAUCUCUUCAUAUCACGAGAGCAUCAGCUCUACGCUGAGUGGAGAAUCCGCAAAGAGAAUGCAGGAAUUGUCGACGAAGACCCAGAGUCGAUCUUCUGGGGACUCAAACAAGCCUUGAUCGAUCCCAAACUGUAUCUUUUCAUUGUGCAGCAAAUGGCGUUGAUCACGGCGCAAAGUUUCAACAACUUCUUUCCCUCGAUCGUGGGAACUCUCGGCUACGGCCAGACAACGACUCUUCUCUUGACAUCCCCGCCAUACUUUUUCGCCUUCAUUGUGUCGCUGUGUGUAUCUUUCCACGCGUCACAUAAAGACGAACGUGGCUAUCACAUCGCUGUCCCCAUGGUCUUUGCUCUCCUUGGGAAUCUUCUAGCCAUGUUCGUACCAUCUCUUGGUGGAAGAUACUUCUCCAUGUUCCUCAUGACCUCCGGUUCCUACGCGCCCUACAACCUUUGCGUUAGCUGGCUCAGCUCUUCUCUUCCACGGCCUAGAGCGAAACGUGCUGCUGCUUUAGCCAUUGUCAACUUUAUGGCUGCUGGGGUGGCGCACUUUUACACAAGUUAUAUGUUCCCUGACAGUCAGAAGCCACGGUACUACGCCGGUGGCGCGGUCAUGUCUGGUGCGUGUUUGGUAUGUGGCGGUGUAGCGUUGUCGAUCAAGUUCUACCUCAAGAAACAGAAUCAGAGAUUCGAGGAAGAGGAGCGCUUGGGUGUCACAAGCCAUACUCAUAUUAAAGGAUCAAAAGCUGGGCAUGGUGGCGAAGGAGUUGUUUCCUUUCGAUACGUGCAUUAG